ACAAUGGUCAUCAUAUAUGGAGAUUUCCCGCGGGAUUUGAAUGUAGUCCGUAUGUACCUAGGUGGGUAAUUUCUAAGCCGCGCCCUUCUUGAUUUGACAUCAUUAGGGCGUUAGGCAUAGGUAUCCCACAUCAUCCUUGGCGAGUAUGGUUAAUGGUCAGCCAUUAUGCCCCAAAACUUCUCAUGGAUUACCUUUCUUGCUGACGCUUGAGGUGAAUGGUGGCGAUUUGCACAUAUUAUGUCCAGAUUAGUACGUUAAACUCAAUGUUCCAAGUUAGCCAUGUGAGAUGGUAAGGACGACAUGGAUGUAGGGUGUUUAGUAAUCCGUCUUAUAUCCAUCCCAAACUGUCGUUUGGGUAGAUAUGUAUACACACCUAUAAAGGUGUAUAUAACCUUGCACAAUGCUCACCCUUCAAAAAUAGCCAACUUAAUUACUACAUGUACUACUACGUGCUGUAAACUCACUCGAUCUACGCAUCUCGUUACUGAACGAGCAAACGACAGCAUACCUUUUUUCUUCUGUUUCUUGAUUAGUCACUAGGGAGAGAUUAAUAUUCAAUACGAAGCAGAUAGGUAGCUCCCGCAAAGAUGGCACAAUUUGUGACCCUCGAAGAGGCCGGGUAUCACCCCGGCGAGAAAGCGGUACAUGAGCUGCUCCGCUUACCGCACCGGGAUAAUCCUACGCACCGCGGGCUACCGCAGAUGCUUGCUUAUCGCAUCGCGAUAUCCCCGCUGGUUGCAUUUGGGACGCUGGACCGCCGCGGGAGGCCAUGGGCGACAAUUUGGGGAGGCGAGGCAGGCUUCUGCCAGCCGGUUGCGCGGGGGAUCCUGGGCGUUCAGGCGAGCGUGGAUGCGAGGUUUGAUCCAGUAUUUAGGGCGUUGUUCGCAGUUGAAGGGGAGGAAGGGAAGGGGGAGGGUGACAGGGAUAUUGUUGACGAUAUGGUUGUUAAGCCUGAAGGUGGGGUGCUGAUGGCGGGUUUAUCAAUAGAUUUGGCGACGAGGGAUAGAGUCAAGAUUGCGGGACGGAUGGUUGUGGGUACAGCGACGAGGAAAGGAGAUGCAAAUGCAGUAGGCGACUUGCAGAUGGCAUUCCAGGUCGAAGAGUCUCUAGGGAAUUGCCCAAAGUAUCUGAAUAAGAAGCACAUAACCCCUCACACCCCCUCGCCGGAGCUUGUAAGCGAGGGAGCGGGCAUUCCUCUACCACAAGGCGCCGUUAACUUGAUCCGUAAGGCGGACCUCUUCUUUAUCGCAAGUCGCUACGGCAAUCAAAGCAUGGACACGAACCACCGUGGUGGCGCCCCGGGUUUCCUUCGCAUUCUGCGCAACGAAACCCCCGAAAACGGCGGGGUGACGCUGGUCUACCCGGAGUUCUCCGGCAAUCGCCUAUACCAGACGCUUGGGAAUCUUCAGCAGGAUCCGUACGCUGGACUCGUAAUUCCGGAUUUUGCCACGGGUAAUGUGAUAUAUCUCACCGGCCGAACGCGCAUCCUAGUGGGCGAGAAGGCAACAGCGUACAUGCCGCGUGCGAAACUGGCGAUAAAGAUUGACGUCGAAGAGGCGAGAUUCGUAAGGGAUGGGCUGACAUUUCGCGGCGACGUGGUUGAUUACUCACCGUAUAACCCUGCCGUAAGGAGAUUGGCGUGUGAGAAGACAGUCAUUUCUACAGAAGAAGAAGCAGAUGAAGAUGCCAUUGCGACAGCGGAGCUUAUAAAUCGGACGGUCAUCACGCCCACGAUCGCAAGGUAUACGUUCAAAGUAGAGGCGAGAAAUAAGAAGAAACCGCUCAAGGCAUGGCGCCCCGGGCAACACGUUACACUAGACUUUGCGGCAGAACUGGAUGAAGGAUACGCGCACAUGCGUGAUGACGAUCCACAGAGUCUCAACGAUGACUUCGUGCGGACUUUUACGGUUAGUCGGCCGCUAGACGUGGAUGCCGUGGAUGAGCAAGCAGGUCUCCGGGAUGGCGUCAAGCCUGAAUUCGAGAUCACAGUCCGCAGAAACGGAUCGGCCACGAGGUUCCUGGAGAGAUGGAACUCGAGAGUCUCGCUGGAGAUCCCAGUGCUAGGGUUUGGCGGCGCCGAGGGGUUUAGACUGCCUUUGGAUGGACGGGAUGGUGUGAGUGUGUUUGUGGCUGCGGGUGUUGGGAUCACGCCGUUGAUGGCACAAGCCCCUGGGAUUCUUAGGGCGGCAGGUAGCGGGAAGACGCUAAGAACCCUGUGGAGUCUGAAAGGAGAGGAUCUCCCGCUCGCCGUGGAUGUACUAGGCAGGAUAGACGGGCUAGGUGGGAUCACAAGGCUUUUUGUAACGGGAAAAAUAGACACCGAAGGGAGAGCCUGGAUAGCUGCAAUUCAAGAGUUGGAUGCCGAGGUGUUGGAGAGAAGAAUGGAUGAAAAUGAUGUCCUAGCUGAAGGUGAGAAAGGGAAAAGAAAGUUUUACGCGUGUACUGGACCAGAUAUGUUGAGAAGGCUAUUGAAGUGGAUAGAAGGUGAAGAAGUUGUCUACGAGAGCUUCGAAUACUAGACUACAUAUGCAAUAAAUGCAUAUACUACUUAGUAGUAACUACAUAACUACAUACCUAU